AUGUUCGACGACUUUGUCCACAGCAGCAAUGCGCAACCAUCCGCCUCGUCGUCGUCCUCGGCACAGCUCCGCACACGCCCAUCUGCCGGCGCAACGGAUGUAGACCACGUCUUCCCUCGCAAUGGCCCGCGCCCGACAUCGCCAUCGGCCCGCCUCCAUGGCAGCGCCGCCCACCGCCUCCACUACGACGCCCUCGCCGACGACGGCGGCGGCUACGAGCAACAACAGCCCCACAUGCCAAACCGCUACCUCGCAACAAACGCCAUCCUCGACCCCGUAGCCGCCCUCGAGACCGGAUUCAUCUCGAGCGACCUCGACCCCUCGUCGUCCCAGUCGCCCAUCUUCCAGCUCGGCCGCGUACAGUACGCCUUCAACGCGCCCCUCGCUCUCAUGACCGUCGCAUCAAACAUCCUCACAAUGUGCCUCUUCGCCUACCCGUCGUCGUCAUCCUCUUCCCAUCACAACCUCGGCGCCGCGCCGGCCACCAACCCCUUCCCCUCGGCGCCACCGCGCCUCGUGCGCAUCAACCUCGACGACCCAGAGCGCACCCAAGAGGCAGACGUUCCCAUCCCGCCCGCACCGCGCGCUGCACGCAACCAGCAGCCCCAGGACCCCACCACCAUCGGCCCGCACAAGAUGUUCGCCGAUCCUUCCGGCACCCACCUCAUCCUCACCAUGCGCAACGGAGACUGCUACUACUGGGCGACGGGCUGGAGAAAGGCCCGGCUGCUCAACAAGCUCAAGGGCGUCCUCAUCGAGAGCGUGGCCUGGAACAAGUCCACCCUCGACCCCGUCGCACCAGCGGCGGCCUCCGGCCAAGGCGCUCGCAAGAGGGGCGGCGCAGCCUCGGGCGCCCUCGCAUCGACGCGCGAGAUCCUCGUCGGCACUCGGUCCGGCGACAUCCUCGAAGUCGUCAUAUCGGCCCCCGUCGGCGCAGACCCAGACGAGGGCGACUUUUUCGACAAGCUCGCCCGCAGGACUGCCGGCGGCGGCGGCGACAGGGGCGACAUCGACAAGGUCGUCCGUCAUGUAUUUACCCUCCCCGAGCGCCAGCCCGUCACCGGCCUCACGGCAGAACCCUUUCCUCGAUCCGCGCAGGGCAACGGCAACAACAACAACAACAACAACGGCAGCGCGGGACCACCACCGCCGGCGGGCAAGCGCCGCGGCGGCGGCGGCUCAGCGCAGAGGGCCGUCGUCAUUGCCACGACGAGCACGCGCAUCUACGAGUUCGUCGGCCAGCUGGGCAAGCUCAAGGGCGACGAAAGCGAGAGCGAGAGCCUCUACGAGAAGCUCUUUGAGCCCUACCGCGGCGACGCCGUGCCCAACCUAAAGUCGGAGCUGCCCGGCGACCUGCCCUACUCGGAGCUCCACACCUGGACGGCCAGCGGCAGCCGCGAGGCAUCGGCGCUCGCCUGGCUCACCGGGCCCGGCGUCUACCACGGCCUGAUAGCCUACAACGACCAGGGCGUCGGCGACAGCGUCAUCGACAGCGCCAACCUCCUCCCCUACCCGGCCAUUGCUCUCGACGUCGACCAUUCCGGUAGAGGCGGCGGUGGCGGCGGCGGCAACGGCACUGGCACAGGCAACGGCAACGGCGCCGGCGCCGGCGCCGGGCAGCAGACCGUCGCCGAGAUCCCGCUCAGCAUCGCCCUGACCGAGUUCCACUUUGUCCUCCUCUACCAGGAUCGCGUCAUGGCCAUCAGCUCGCUCGACGACCAGGUCAUCUUUGAAGAGGCGCUGCCGCUGCGCCCAGACGAGCGCGUCAUCGGUACCGCCGUCGACGUGGCCAAGCGCACCUUUUGGGUGUACACCGACGCCAGCAUCUUUGAGCUCGUCGUCCGCGACGAGUCGCGCGACGUCUGGCGCAUCUACCUCGAGCGCGGUUCGUUCGACGCGGCGCUGCGCUACGCCAAGGCCGGCGUGCAGCGCGGCACCGUCCUCUCGUCGCAGGGCGACCGCUUCUUUGCCGAGGCCCGCUACAUUCAGGCGGCCCAGUGCUACGCCCAGACGUUUAUGCGCUCCUUUGAGGAGGUCUCGCUGCGCUUUGUCGAGUCCGGCCAGCGCGACGCGCUGCGCUACUACCUCGUCAUGCGCCUCGAGCGGUUGCGGCGCUCCGACGGCCCGCAGCGGACGAUGCUCGCCACCUGGCUCGUCGAAAUCUACCUGGGCAAGAUCAACCAGCUCGAGGACGUGGCGGCGGCCGAGGCGGCCAGCCAGGACGUGGAAAAUUACCGCCUCGAGCGCGAGAUGCUGGCCGAGGAGCUGCACCAGUUCCUCGCCACCUACCGCGACGCGCUGCACCCGGCCACGACCUACGGCAUCAUCCAGAAGCACGGCCGCAGCGAGGUGCUGCUCCACUACGCCGGCCUCAUUGGCGAUUUCGACCGCAUCGUCCGCCACCACGUCCAGGAGGAGGCCUGGACCGCCGCCAUCGACACGCUCCAGAGGCAGAGCAGCGACGACCUCUACUACCGCUUCGCCACCGUGCUGAUGCGCCAGGCGCCGAGGCAGGUGGUCGAGUGCUGGAAGGCGAGGCGCGGACUCGACCCCAGGAGGCUCAUCCCGGCGCUGCUGCAGCAUCGCCGUCGCGGCAGGGGCAAGGCCGAGACCGAGGCGGGGGCCGGCGAGGGCGGUGAAGACGACAAGGACUACGCCAUCGCCUACCUGACCCACGUCGUUUCCGUCGACGGCAACACGGACACGGCGAUCCACAAUCUGCUCCUGACGCUGCUCGCACGAUCGGCCGCCUUCGAAGGGCGUGGCAAGGUGGCCAAUGGCGAUGGCGACGGCACUCGAGGCGAUGCCGGCGAGCAGAGCCCUGACAAGGCGGCCCUGCUGGGCUUCAUCGACUCGGCGCGUUCCAACCCGCUGACCGGCCAGCCCUACUUUGACCUCGACUACGCGCUGCGGACGUGCUCGGCGCACGGGCAAAAGGAGGCGUGCGUGCGCAUCUACGCCAAGAUGGGCCUGUACGAGAGUGCCGUCGACCUGGCCAUUGCCGAGCGCGAGAUGGAGCUCGCCUGCUCGUGCGCUGACCUGGUGGAUGGCGACAAGGACCUCAAGAAGAAGCUCUGGCUCAAGAUUGCCAAGGAGGUGGUGAGGAGCACCAAGGACAUCAAGAGCGCGAUGGAGUUCCUGGAACGGACCGACCAGAUCACGCUCGAGGACGCGCUGCCCUUUUUCCCCGACUUUGUCAUCAUCGACGACUGCAAGGCGGCCAUCUGCUCGGCGCUCGAGUCGUACGCCUCGCACAUCGAGACGCUCAAGGACGAGAUGGAGGAGGCGUCGCGCUCGGCGGCGGCCAUCUCGGCCGACAUUGCGGCGCUCUCGUCGCGCUUUGUCAGCGUCGAGGCCGAGCAGCGGUGCGAGUCGUGCGGCCGCGUGGCCGUCGAGAGGCAGUUUUACAUCUUCCCGUGCCGCCACGCGCUCCACGUCGACUGCCUCGUUGCCGUCGUGACGAGGGGCAUGGGCGGCGCCAAGCUGCGGCGGCUCGUCGAUCUGCAGGCCAACCUUGCCAGCGGAGGGGGCGCAGCUGCUAACAGCAGGUCCGCCAACGGCGGUGGUGGUGGUGGCGGCAACGGCAACGGCGGCGGCGGCAGCGGGGGACCAUCAAGAAGCCUGGGUCUGGACAAGCUGCGCGACAUUGUGUCGCCGGAGACGAUCCUCUCGCUGCUGUCGACGGGCGUCUCGGCAGGCGUGGCGGGCGGCCGACGCGCCCUAGCGCCGCUGGACCCAUUUUCGACGCCCACAGCCGCCUCGACGUGGGUGACGCCACGACAGUCUCUGAUCCACCCGUCGUCGUCCUCUAUCCCCGCCGCCGGCGCCGGCGCUGCCCUGACAACGACGACGACGACGACGAUGACGACGGCGACGAGGAAAGAGGAAGAGGAGACGCGGUCGAGCCUCAUGGCGCAGCUCGAUGGCCUCAUUGCGGCCGAGUGCCCCCUCUGCUCUGCCGCCGUCGGGGAUAUCGCCAGGCCGUUUGUGGCAAAGGGCGAAGAGGAGGAGUGGGCCCUAUAG